AAUUGUUCCCAAACACAAAAUCAUCUAAGUAAGCUACUGCAUCAUUAGAAACCAUAUCAUGCCCAUUUUGGAUUUACGGUUGAUAACACACCCUUAGUCUUGGUUUUCCUAUUUUUAUAGUGGCAAGUUGGAGAGUGAAGGAGACAACGGAUGAUUGCCAUUUGCACAGAACUCAGGAAGCUGGGAGCAACAGUUGAAGAAGGACCAGAUUAUUGUGUGACCACUCCACCGGAGAAUCUCAACGUAACAACUACUGCCACAUAUGAUGAUCACAGAAUGGCCAUGGCAUUCUCACUUGCUGCCUGUGGAGAUGUUCCUGUCAUCAUCAACGACCCAAAUCUGUAGUGUUGCCCACAAACCCAAAUCUCUGAGUUCACUCUCUUUUGGGUCACAGUUUUUGGACUCAUCAAAGUCUUUGACUUCGAAGCACAAGCAUGUGUGCAUGGUGGGUGGUGGUAAAGUUGGUACAUUUAGAGUUUGUGCUUCAGUUGCCACAGCUGAGAAGCCAUCAACGGUACCGGAGAUCGUGUUGCAACCCAUCAAAGAUAUCUCCGGCACUAUCACGUUGCCGGGGUCCAAGUCACUGUCAAAUCGGAUUCUGCUUCUGGCUGCUCUAUCUGAGGGAACAACUGUUGUACACAACUUGUUGGAUAGUGAAGAUAUUCAUUACAUGCUUGGUGCAUUGAAAACCCUAGGACUACAUGUGGAAGAUGACAAGGCAAUAAAAAGAGCAAUUGUGGAAGGCUGUGGUGGUCUCUUUCCAGUGGGUAAAGAAUCAAGGGAUGAAAUUCAACUUUUCCUUGGAAAUGCCGGAACUGUAAUGCGGCCAUUGACAGCUGCAAUUACUGCUGCUGGUGGACAUUCAAGCUACAUACUUGAUGGGGUGCCCCGAAUGAGAGAGAGACCAAUUGGGGAUUUAGUUGAUGGUCUUAAGCAGCUUGGUGCAGAUGCUGACUGUUUUCUUGGCACAAAAUGUCCUCCUGUGCGUGUAGUUGGAAAGGGGGGUCUUCCUGGGGGUAAGGUGAAGCUCUCUGGAUCAACUAGUAGUGUAUUCUUGACUGCUUUGAUCAUGGCUGCUCCUCUGGCUCUUGGAGAUGUUGAAAUUGAAAUCAUCGACAGGUUGAUUUCCGCUCCUUAUGUUGAGAUGACUUUGAAGCUGGUGGAACGGUUUGGGAUCUCUGUAGAACACAAUGAUAGCUUGGAUCGGUUCUUGAUCCAUGGAGGUCAAAAGUACAAUAAAUAUUUCAGGUCUCCUGGAAAUGCUUAUGUUGAAGGUGAUGCUUCAAGUGCUAGUUACUUCUUAGCUGGUGCAGCAGUCACCGGUGGGACAGUUACUGUUGAAGGCUGUGGGACAAGCAGUUUGCAGGGAGAUGUAAAAUUCGCGGAAGUUCUUGAGAAGAUGGGUGCUAAAGUUACCUGGACAGAGACUAGUGUCACAGUAACUGGACCACCUCAAGAUUCUUCCAAAAGAAAACACUUGCGAGCUAUUGAUGUCAACAUGAACAAAAUGCCAGAUGUUGCGAUGACUCUUGCUGUAGUUGCUCUUUUUGCUGAUGGACCGACUACUAUAAGAGAUGUGGCAAGUUGGAGAGUGAAGGAGACAGAACGAAUGAUUGCCAUUUGCACAGAACUCAGGAAGUUGGGAGCAACAGUUGAAGAAGGACCAGAUUAUUGUGUGAUCAUUCCACCGGAGAAUCUCAAUGUAACAACUAUUGACACAUAUGAUGAUCACAGAAUGGCCAUGGCAUUCUCACUUGCUGCCUGUGGAGAUGUUCCUGUCAUCAUCAACGACCCUGGUUGCACCCGAAAAUCAUUCCCAGAAUACUUUGAAGUCCUCCAGAGGUUUAUAAAGCAUUGAACAGCCCUUUUACUACAACCAAAGCGGCAGGUAGCUAGCCUACCCUAUUUUUCUAUAUUGCCUUAAAACUUUUGUGAUAUAUAAAUGUAAGUUGAGCUUGUUAUUUGUAAGAUUGUAAUUCAAUUUCUACUUAAUGCAGUCUCUCUUCUGUGUGU